AUGAUCACGAAGAAGAAGAGAGAAGACACCAUGGCGGAAGAGAGAAGCGGGAAGAAGCAAGUGAUGGUGGCGAUGGACGAAAGCGAUUGCAGUAAACGCGCUCUGAAAUGGACGCUCGAGUACCUCAAGGAAAGUCUCGCCGAUUCAGAUAUCAUCCUCUUCACCGCCCAGCCUCCACUUGAUCUCAGCUGCGUCUACGCUUCCUCUUAUGGCGCCGCUCCGAUGGAGCUGAUAAAUUCAAUGCAAGAGAAUCAUAAGAACGCUGGAUUGAAUCGGCUUGAUGUUGGGGUCAAAAUCUGUGCUGAGAGUGGGGUUACACCAAAGAAGGUGAUGGAGUUUGGAGUUCCUAAAGAAGCGAUAUGUGAUGCUGUUGAACAGCUUGGUGUUGAUUUGCUUAUCGUUGGAAGCAAUGGUAAAGGGAAACUAGAAAGGACGUUCCUUGGAAGUGUUAGCAAUUACUGUGUUAACAAAGCUAAGUGCCCAGUUCUUGUGGUGAGGACAAAGGCUUGA